AUGCUGAGCCGGAGGGUGCUGAGGCCGUCUGGGCCGGCCACCUCCACAAAGGGCCCCAGGAGUGUGGAGCCGGAUCUGGAUUCGAGUCCCAGCCCAGCGCUCCUCCCGCUGUGUGGCCUGGGCAAGUCUGGGCCCCGAUUCCUCAUGUGCCGGCCCUUCCAGCCAGGGUGUUGCGGCCACUCUUGGAGCCGAAAGUCGAAAGUCGGGGUGAUUGAACAAAAGAGGAAGGAGGGACAGGGACCCCGGCCUUCCCCACGAAGAGACCUGGCCUCCGUGGCGGUGGGGCCCCCGGGCCCCCGGCACCCAUCCGGCCCCCUCAUGACCUCCCGGCUCCUGGGCUUGCUCCUGUUCUCCUGGACCCUGCAGCUCGGAGGAGGACAGUCGGUGACCCACACUGGCCCUCCCAUUGUGGUCUCCUUGGCCAACAAGUCCGUUUCCUUUGGCUGCAAAAUCACCUACUUAUACACUGCAGAAUACAAGAGCUUUACAGUCAGCUACUUCUACGUAGACGGUCAGGGCAAGUCUAGCACUAAGAAGCAUGUUAACUGCCAACUCAACCAGGGCACAGAGAACCAGACCCACACCGUGGAGUGCCAGGUCACCCCUCUGCUGCAGGAUGUGUCAGCCACUGGUACCUACUACUGCUCCGUCCGUUGGCCACACACCACGAAGAAUGGCACCGGCACCUUCAUCCUGGUCCGAGACUCAGGGUACCAAGAGCCCCCGCGGGGCUUCCAGGACGCCCUGCUCUUUGGGUUCACUAGCCUCCUGACCGUCCUGAGUGUCCUGGGCACAGCUCUGCUGUUCUGGAAGAAGAAACAGAUACAGGUUCCAGGGAAGCAGCAAGCCCAGAAAUGCCAGGACCCGAGAUCGGCCAGCAGCUCCAAGAAGCCUCUAUCCGAUUCCAUCUACACGGACCUGCAGCGCCGUGACACUGAGGUCUACGCAUGCAUCGAGAGCGAAGCCAACAACCUGCCCUUCUCGAGGAGCCCCCUCUCCCAGGCGGGACUGCACAGAUCUGAAGAUGAAGGAGAGUUUGGCCUGGUCUAUGAAAAUCUCUAGGGCGAAGUUUUGCCCUGGGUCAGAGGCGCUGGGCAACCCCUCCCUCCAAAGCACUGGAUCAGUGCCAGCAAGAAGGCCCCAGGGGUGCCCCAUUGCCUCACCCCACAUCCAAGGCCCUUCCUGCCUUGGCCUAACCCGCUCCCCCAUUCUGCACCCCGGGCACACCCACGGAGUGUUCUGCAUCUUUAUGCCUUUGCCCAGGCUAUUCCCUCCGCCAGGCGUGCCCUUCCUCCCUGGCCCGGUGGCCGAAGCGCCGUUCAGUCUCUAAGGGCCUGCCUGGACUCUGCCUGUUCCCCAGGCCCUCCUCAUCCUCUCACGUUCCGCAGAGCGGUGUAGGCCGCUGCUCUCUUGGUGCCAGCCCGCACCACGGCCUCUGGUUUGGUGUGUCCCACCCCUAAGGCGGACUGUGAGCGCUGGCAGGGCUGCCUGUGGUCAGGGCUGUGCGCACGAGCAUGGAAGGGGGGUGAAUAAACCAGUGACUGUGCAGAUGGCUCCACCUCCCUGUCACUGCCCCCCAGGCCAAAAGCACAGGGUGGCCACGCUGGGCGUGAGCAGGGGGCUGGCAUGGGAGGCU